AAACUAAUUGACGCUGAAGAGAAAUGGAAGGUUUCAAUUCAAAGCCGACUUUCUAUCGUUUUCCGCACCCUAUUGAUCGUUGGGCUUCUUGCCUUCAUCGGAUUCCUCAUUCAUAUGACUAUUACAUCAGAUAAAAGUUACACCGAGGUAGAACUUACGAAAGUAGUAGAACUGGAGUAUCCUGAAAAUGAAAUGACGACGGUGGACGAUUCUGAGAACAACAUCUUUGUUCAAAUAUCACCCUUCAGCCUAGAGGAAGAAGUUCCUGACGACAUACUCCGUACUCUCUACAAAGAGGCCUAUGGAAAUAUUCCCGAUCACCAGUCAUCUCGUUUGAAGCGUCAAGUCGAAACGGAAACCAUCGAAAGCUGCAGAGAAAGACAUGAAAAAUGUAAGUUUCUCUUGGGUGAGUUAAAAAAAGUGACAAAAGAUGUCUCGCACCAAAUGCACGAGAUUCGAAAGUUGAUAUCACAGAUCAACUCGAUCCAUAAACAAGAAGUCCUCACCGUGGACAAUACAAAUAUUACCGCUUUGGACUUUGUUACGUGUGUGAAAUGCGAGAAGCUGGAAUCCCAAACCACAAGGGUUAAUUCCUUCACGGAAAAUUCACAAAACAAUAACGAGACCAGCUCAUCUGUAUUGAUUACCGAUUCAACAAGUCCACCGUCGAAUGACCCUUCGACAAUCCCUGGUCAUAACGAUGCUGCCGAGUAUUCAGAUGAUUCUCCGGUGAACGACAAGACACAGCAGGCCAAGGUUUUCCAAAACUCAAUCACGGUACCGGAAGACGUGAAAGUCCACAGCGCAGAGAGCGAUUUCUUCUUCAGGCACAGCCAAUUGAAUCAAACCUCCGGUUCGCAAUUUCAAUGGCCAGAUAAGCUUAGAAUAGAUCCUGAAGUAGUCAAUCCAGGUACGAGCGGUUUAAUCGUUCACGAAAGUGUUUCAACAACAACGGAGGAUAAUUCAGCGGCCUUGCCAACGUCAACCGCGAAGAUGGACGAUAAUCCAUCGCUCACUAACUCAAAUGUUGACAAACGUAUAAGGCUGCAUAGGCCGAAGUCGAACUACGAACCAAAUGGAAACGUCAUACCAACGGCAGAGACGACGAAGACCAGCCAACAGGUAACCUACACCCCAAACGUGAGCUGGAUGCCGUAUCCUCUCUGCGUCUACGGGCCACCGAAUCCUCCACCUCAGUCGCCUGUGAUCCAGCCGAUACAAAAUCCCGGCUUCCAGUUCGUCCCGGUGCAGUACCAGCCCACUUCAGUACCGGUUUCGCCACAACGAUACGGACCCACGGGAUCCGGAAUCCAAUAUUUCCCUGUUGCUUCCGGCCCUCAGCAGACAUCAGCGACAGGCCCAGCUCGGCCAUUCUACUGCACAUACGUGCCCACCCCAUCAUUUCAAUUCCCGGUGGUCCCAGGAGUGUCAGAGUUCCAAAGGUCCGUGCCCGAAACAGCAGCCCCAGAAAUCGACCUCGUCAGUCAAGAUAAGUUCGAAGAUGAGGAGCCAAGGUCAAGAGAGUACACCGCUGGAUGUCCUCCGAACAUGAAAGCAUGCAGUGAUCUCAGUAAAUGCAUUCCAAAAUCGGGCUGGUGUGAUGGUUUGGUAGAUUGCACUGAUGCCAGUGAUGAAACCCGGUGUUCCUGCAGAGACCGGGUGGACAGAGAACGACUGUGUGACGGCUACUUCGACUGCCCUCUUGGCGAAGAUGAGCUCGGAUGUUUUGGAUGCGACUUCCAUUCUUUUAGUUGCGAUGACGCGGAGAGGCGUCAACGCUUGGGUAAUUGCCUACCACUUGCUCAGCGUUGUGACGGCUUCCCACAGUGCCCUAACGGGAAAGAUGAACUGUACUGCAACAUCAUAACUCACUUCAUCGAAGAACGUAAUAUGUUCGCAGUUGGUUACACAACCGGAUACCUUCACAGGAACUGGAAAGGCCAAUGGUAUCCAGCUUGCACCCCGUCAACACUGUGGGCCAACGAUGCUUGCCGAGCUGAAAUCGGCGAUGAUAAUUAUAGAGAUUUUCCAUAUGUCGAAAAAAUUAAACUUCGACAGAAAUACGCCGGUCCGUACGUCGUUCAAUUACCUUCCAACGAAAUCCAGAUAGCACCCAACUGUUCGGGCAAAGCAGUCUUCGUUAGAUGUCCUGAAAUACCAUGCGGUACCAGAGUAUCAUCACAGCACAUCAAUCCGAUUUUCAGUUUUUCGCAAUCCGUGCCAUUUUCGAAGCCCAACCCAUUGAUCCAAGAUUUUCGCAGUAAGUCAGGGGGUGAAAAACUCGAUGAUUCAAAUCAGCACGAGCUGGCAGAUGGCAGCGGGGUAGAUUCACUUGAAAAUCACUCGGCAUCGAGCCCUGGUCUAAACGCCACCAGCCUUACAAAUGACGAUGAUAUUAUCGUCAGUGAAUCUAGAGUGGUCGGCGGUCAUCCGAGUGAACCAAAAGCUUGGCCAUCACUAGCCGCCGUGAACAGAGACGGUAGCUUUCAUUGCGGUGGCGUAAUUCUGGACGAGAUAUGGGUCCUAACAGCGGCCCAUUGCAUCGAUGGCUUCGAAGCGCACUACUUCGACAUACAAGCUGGAAUGCUGAGGCGGUUUUCCUACUCACCGAUGGAGCAGUCUCGUAAGGUUAGCCACGUUGUGAUGUACCCGACAUAUGACAGAACAGUCAUGAAGAACGACUUAGCCCUACUGCGUCUGGAAGCACCUCUGCACUUUAACCGUUGGGUCAGACCGGCUUGUCUCCCAGAAAUCACAACAGCUGGAGCACAUUGGAGAACAGGACCAACACCGGACACAACCUGCGUUUCCGCAGGCUGGGGAUCACUAGUCGAGCACGGUCCUGAUCCCGACCAUCUUCGGGAAGUUGAAUUACCAAUUUUGCCGAACUGCAAGUACCCAGCGGAUCAGAACGAAGCGGAAAUUUGCGCAGGGUCACCAUCAGGCGGGAGGGAUACGUGCCAAGGAGACAGUGGCGGUCCACUGAUGUGCAGGAAUCCGAAUUCACCAUCUCAAUGGUACGUAGCGGGAAUCGUGAGCCACGGAGAAGGUUGCGCUCGUCCAAACGAGCCUGGUGCAUACACAAAAGUGAGCCGAUUUGUUGAGUGGAUAAACAGGACGCGCUUUCAACGCAAAAUGCCGAAGUACAAACCACUUGCACGUUGUCCUGGAUACUACUGCCACAGUGGAUCACGGAAGUGUUACUCGGCAAAAAGACGCUGUGACAAAAUCGUCGACUGCAUGGAUGCUGAAGAUGAGUUCAACUGUCAUAUGUUCCCAGAUUUUCCGAUAUAUUGGAAUACUAAUUCCAGCAGGUUUGAUACCGUCGCGGCUACUCGGGAAGAUUUUUCUACUCAGACAGAAAUAAGCCAGGAAGAAACUGUUGAUGGGGAGAUGACUACUCUAGAUUUGACUACAGAACCGUCAUCCACUUCUCAGAGUGUUCCAAGAUCAACGACAACUAUCGAGCCCACGACAAUACAACCUAUAAAACAGAUCGUUACCGAAGAUGACAUUGCGGAACAGAACAUUAUAGAUCAGGACAUUGCGAAACAGAACUUUACAGAAAUGGACAUUACAGAACAAAGUGAGGAAUAUAUUACAACUACUCAGCAAACUGACGAAAUCAUGACGACUGUUCCCGCAGAAGCGAUCAGUACCGUUUCACCGCCAACAAACCGUCAUCAUUUCAGCUGCCGGAUAGUGAUACAAACUAUCGACUUAAUAAAGCGGUGCGACAGGAUAGUUGAUUGUCAGGAUGGUACAGACGAAGUUGACUGCACCUGUAGAGAUUAUCUCAGUAGAAUUUAUCCUGCCUCAAUUUGCGAUGGCCACAUAGACUGCUUCGACAGUACUGAUGAAGAAAAUUGCGACAUAUGUUCACCGAAAGAAUUUCAUUGCAAAAGAAGCGGUGAGUGCGUACCAAUAGAGAAGAGAUGCGACCAAAUAGCAGAUUGUGCAUUCAACGAGGACGAGUUGAGCUGCCUUGCCUUGAGCAACGGGAAGUACGUGAUAACCGAUAUCGAUGGACUGCCGCAUCACAAACGAGAAGGUAUAUUGACGUCGUAUCAAAAUGGCGAAUGGGUGCCAUUCUGCAUCGAUACGAUAUCGGAAAAACCAGCUAUACUUUCGAAACGAAUGUGUUCCUACUUCGGGUUUGGCGCUUGCGAGUCCUUCAACGAAACUCGGAUGCAGAACGCGCCACUGGGGGUUAAGGCAUCGACGGCGUUGAACCUGUUACCCUACGAGUACAGCACUCCCAAUACCAUGUCCAUGGAGGAACCCCAAUGCACGGUUCUUUACCUGAGAUGUCUGCCGACGAUACAUUCGAUCCCAUUGACCUACCGUCUGAAAGGCAUCAACGAUCAAGAGGAGGACACUUACCUAUGGCCGUGGCACGCUGCUGUGUUUAUCGACGGUCGGUACCAGUGCUCGGCUGUUCUGCUUGAGCCAAGUUGGCUUCUGACAAGUGGCUACUGUGCCAAGGACCUGGAUUUGCAGCAAAAUUACACCGUAGCACUUAUGGGUGCGUCACGCUCGUACCUGCAAAUCGAUGGACCACAUCAGCAGACGAGUGUAGUCGACGAGAUAAAGAGCGUCAAGAAUUCGGAUGCGAUUUUGAUGCACCUCAAGCAGCCUGUUAAUAUGACUCGGCAUGUGCAGCCAAUGUAUCUUCAAAAAAGAACUCACCCAGCCUCAGAAUCCGACACGUGUGCAACGGUAGGUGUCGACAAGGAUGAAAAAACGAGGAGCAUUUUCCUCAGGGCGGUCCUCAACAACUGUCCCGUAAAUCGUCGGUGUUACGAGAAUGCCAACCCCAUAAAAUGCGAGAACGUAACCUCAAUGGAAUGGAGUGGGACGGUGGUUUGUCAUGGAUGCAGUGGAUGGUACCCGGCUGCUGUUUACCACGUGCAAGCAGGACCAUGCAGCUUUCAAACGAAGCAGAGCCUGUCCAGCAUAGACUACAUCAACACAAAUCUGAUCACCGGGAUGCAAGAAACUCCGCAAUCAAAUAUGUCCGAACCGUAUUGCGAGGGGUUCAGAUGCCCGUUAGGAAAGUGCAUAGAAUGGCCAAAGGUCUGUGACGGUGUUCCAAACUGCAGGAAUGGGGCUGAUGAGGAUCCAAAGUACUGUCAAGAGAUGAGGGACCGCUGCGCGAACGGAAUCGACGAUACGAUCGGAUGUCACUGCGCUCAAACCGAACUUCGCUGUGGGAACGGCCAGUGCAUACCAAAAUCAAUGUUUUGCGACGGAAAGAGUGACUGCGCUGAUGGAACUGACGAGCCGGAAACCGGAUGCAACUGUGCUGCCUACCUCAAGUUGACAGCGCCGAACUUGAUUUGCGAUGGAAGACGCCACUGCUUUGAUAAAUCUGACGAAAGCCCUAAGCUGUGCUACUGCAAGGACGCCAGCUUCAAGUGCGACGGAAGAGUCGAAGAGUGCGUGUCACAAGACUUUGUCUGCGACGGUGAUCAGGACUGUUCUUCAGGGGAUGACGAGAAAGAGUGUCAGGCUUUGCAGGCUCUGCCGUCAUACUCACCCGGUUACGGUGAGGUCAUUCAAAGGUCGUACGGCAUCUGGCACUCGCAGUGUUUCCCUGCCGGUUCUGUGGCCGAAAACGAGGGAAUCGAUCUCUGCACCGAGUGGGGCUACAAGUAUGUGAAAAACGUCACCGAGAGCGACGCCAGCGAUCCGAGAAACUCGCCGCUAGUUCCUGUUCUCGACAAAUUUUACAUGGUACGGUUGAAUAUGAAGGCUUGGGUCAUCAUGAGAGAUGACAAAGCUCUCGUCAGUUUACAUCCACCUGAUCAGACAUGCUACCGUCACUUUGUAACCUGCGCCUGAGCGUUUGAUCUUUUCUUUCCAUCAUUGCUCAGGGUCUACCAGCUACAGUAGAAUUUGAAAAGUAACGAGCCUCAGGGUGUUCACGUAUCUUCAAAGCUGAUAUCAUUGUUCGUUACAUUACGUAAUGUUACGCAACUCGAAACUUCGGGACUUAUUAUCUAAUGCUUCUAUUAAAAUACACGUGCUAACACCACGAGCUCGCACGCCAAUGUAUUAGUAUUUUAAUUUGUUUCCACCUGAGAUGAUUCUGUAAUUUAUUUUAUAUUUAUGCAAAAAUUACUUAACGCGUCUCUUUCUUUCGUCAAUCUACCUGAAUCGUCGAGGAUUUUUGACAACUCAAUUCAAUAACUAUAUACACAUUCACGUAGUUUCCUCAGCGUACUAUUAAGAAUUGUUUCUGUUACGACAAUAAGUACAUGUGUUAUAGACAGGUACAAACGGCAUCUGUUAUUUCUUAAAGUACGCAUACGACACAUUUAAUAAUUUGAAUUACCUGUAUAUUUAGUCUCUUGAGUUUUAACAUGUGAAUUCUUCGUCGUGUUGGAGCUCGAGAACCGAUCUGCAGAUCAAUCUCUUAAGCUUGUUAAGAUGUUCUUGUACUCACGGCUAUAGUACCGAAGCAAACUAUUAAUAUAGUAUUAGAAUAUAAGUGAAUUUGUAGUAUUCUAUUAUUUAUAUUUGAAAAGAAUUUUUCAUUCAAAAUAUGGGACAUGUAAAAAAGAGGAUGAGAAUAAAAAUGAUAUUUAUAU